GAUUCGAAAGGUGAGCCGUCGCAGGCCCAAAAGGUUCAUUUUUAAAUUUUAGGAGAGCUUUCAAACUUUUUUUUGUAAAUCGAAUCGAAAAGUCAAACUCACGCGAUCCGAGCAAGCUGGUCAAUCACUACAGCAAAAACGAUGUAGGUGACUAUACUACGGAUUGAUAACCACAUUUUAAUCAGAAUUUGACGGAGAACUGCAACUGGGAGAAUGGAGAGAAAAUUGCAAAGACUCGACUGUAAAGUUAGCAUGAAUGAAGGCGUGGCAUGGCCAAUAAAGUUGCGUGCGCAUCAGAUGUAAACGCAACAGCGAAUGAAAAACGACUUCGUGGAAAUUCUGAAAGGAGUGUUGAGCCGAAAGACCGGCGUUUUCACAUGGCAAAAACAUGGCUAUUUAUACAUGGAAUGUAUGCUUAUUUCUCCUCCAGUUGUCAUUAACUGUAUUAGCAGGGAGAGACUUUUACAAAAUCCUUGGAGUGCCUCGAGAUGCUUCUACCAACCAAAUCAAGAAGGCAUACAGGAAAUUAGCUAUGCAGUAUCAUCCUGAUAAAAACAAGGAUGAUCCAGAAGCUAAUGAAAAAUUUCAUGAUCUUGGUGCUGCAUAUGAGGUUCUUUCAGAUGAGGAUCAGAGAAAGACCUAUGAUGCACGAGGCGAAGAAGGUUUGAAGGAUAUGGGCCAUGGACAUCAUGGGGACCCAUUCUCCAGUUUCUUUGGAGACUUCAAUUUUGCUUUUGGUGGUGGAGGUGGGCAGAAGAGAGGUCAUGACAUUCCAAAGGGAGAUGAUAUCACUGUUGACCUUGAUGUCACCUUAGAAGAGCUCUACACUGGAAAUUUUGUUGAGGUUGUGAGAUAUAAGCCAGUAGCAACACAAGCACCCGGAAAGAGGAAAUGUAACUGUCGUCAAGAGAUGCAGACUGUGCAACUAGGUCCAGGUAGAUUCCAGAUGACUCAGAAAGAAGUCUGUGAUGAUUGUCCAAAUGUCAAAUUUGUUAAUGAAGAGAAGCUUCUUGAGAUAGAGGUUGAAGCUGGAAUGCGUGAUGGUCAAGAAUAUCCAUUUAUAGCAGAAGGUGAACCACAUAUUGAUGGGGAACCAGGAGAUCUUCGUUUUAAAAUAAUUGCAUUAAAGCACCCUAUAUUUGAAAGGAGAGGAGAUGAUCUUUACACCAAUGUCACAAUAUCAUUAUUAGAUGCUCUAACAGGUUUUGAGAUGGAUAUCAAACAUUUAGAUGGCCAUGAAGUUCAUAUAAUGCGAGAUAAAGUUACAUGGCCAGGUGCCAAGAUGAGGAAGAAAGGAGAGGGUAUGCCCAGUUAUGAUAAUAAUAAUAUCAAAGGAACUCUUAUCAUCACAUUUGAUGUGGAUUUUCCAAAAGGCGAUAUGACACAAGAACAAAAAGACAAUCUACAAUCUAUACUCAAGCAAAAGUCAGCACAAACUGUUUAUAAUGGUCUUCAAGGUUUCUAGGCACACCAAAUAUGAGGUUGUAGAUAUUAUCAGGAAAGAUACUUUUUUAUCUGUAGUUGUUAGAUAUUAAUGGUAUAUUUGAGGAAUAUAUUGAUGAGUCUGUCCUUUACCAUUUUAUGUCCAGUGAGAGUGAGUAAGAGAGAGAGAGGGAGGGGGGGGGGGGAGAAACAGAGUGAGAGAGAGAGAACAUGUUGACAACUGAUAAUUUAUUCAUGUAUUACUCCAGCCAAGCAUUGAAAUUUAUCAAGUUUGACUAGGAUUUUUUAUUUAAAUUUAAAUCCUCAUGCUUCUAUGUAAACUUUACGCUUGCAAUGAGAUGUUGAUUUUUUUCUCUAAAAUCUGUGCUGCUUCUUUUAGCAGGAAUACUGCACAGUGUCUUUUUCAUCAGUUUUCAUACUUUCCCCAUUUUGUCUAUUCUGAAAUGAGUGAAGAAGAUGAAAGAUGCUGGCAGAAUUUCCAGUUAAAGACAGCUCCGACUUUCAACAAGAUGCCUAAAUCGCAUUUCCAGAUCGUUGCUAUUCUUGAUAAUGAUGGUAUAAAUUAGUGGGUCUUUGUUUUUACAGGAAGGUGAUUAUAUGAUUAUGCAGAUCAAACAUUUCAAGAAAAAAAAAAAGAUAAUUUGCUGGAAAAGGAAGUAGAGGGUUACAUUAUGAAAAUAUAUGUGUUGCUUUUAACGGUAACUAUUCACAAUAUGAUAUGAUGGCAAUAUUACAGUGAAAAGGGGUCAAAAUUGUAAUAGAGUAGGUUCUGCACCUGUCAACCCUCAUGAGUAAAAAAAACCAAUAAAUAUCUUCAAAGUCAAAGUAUUGGUCAUGAAUAGUACCCCUUUUCAUUUAAGAAUAGCAGGUCCUGUGGAAAGGUUCUGUCACCCCUGUUUUGGAAUACAUGUAGUUAGUUGUAGAGUCUUUCCAAAGGGAAAUUUAGCUGUUGCCUGGAAUAGCAUUGCAGUUGAAAAUGCAGUACUCAGAUUAUAUCUAUCACACACAUUGGUGUCCCAUUCAAUUUGUAAUCAAGUGACAUUGAUUUAUUUAUUUGUUGAUAUGUGUGUUUCUAACCUUAUGUUCCAUGUUACCCUUUUCUAAAAGUGCAUAUUCAUAUAUCAUCCUCAUACUGGUUUACUUCACUUGUUUGUUCUCCUAUGCAUUGUAGGAACCCUUUUUUCAUAGUUUUAGUGUAGUAAUUGCUAGUAGCACAAUUUUUUUAAGGUUUGAUUUUGAUUCUUUGGAUUGAAACAUUCCAGUAAUUUUAGGAGUGGAAUAUAUUUUGGGAUUUAAAAUAUCUCUCGUGCACUUUCAAUACAAAAUGUCUGCAAAAUAAAAGUGGAGAGAUGUCCUCACUUUUCACUAUGAUAAAUUUAAAAGUGCACACACAUUGUACUUUAUUUUUCCAGUGAUGAUAUACAUAUUUAUCAAUAGUCAAUACCCAUUGAAGAAUGCCGCAUUGUAAUUUUGCAAAGGGGCACAUUGUGUGUUUAACACUGUGCACCAAUAUUAUAUUGGCUACUAAGAGCCAGAAUCUACUUCCAUGUAGUUGGUCCUUACAUAUUUCAAUUACCAUGUACUGUAUUGUACAAUUGGUAGAUUUUAGGUAUAUAAAUGUUUUCAAUAUUUUUUUUUAAGUGGCUAAGACCAAAAUAGUUUUUUGCCACAAACGAUUUGAUCACAAUUUACUCUAGAUACUAAAUAUAUGAUUUUUACAAUUGUUGUGAAUUCUCAGUGUAUAAUAACUGUUCUUUACUAUUUGAAUGUAAAGAUUUUGUAUCAAGAAAUUACCACUGAUUUAAAAUGGUAUAUUACAUUCACACCUUGUUACUUAUCACUAGUACCUAUUGUAAGGUAUUCACUUCACUAUCUGUCAACUUGGUCAAACCUGAUCGAUCUAUUUGGGGGUCUUUCAAGUGGUAUAUUAGUUCAGUUUGGCAAGAUCAUCAGUGUCAAAUAAUCAUGAUCAGUAUUGGUCUGCCUUAAUCGUCAUUACCCUUCUACUUAAACAAAUAUUAUGGACAUGUCCAAAAAUAUGUAUAGGGAGCCAGAGCAUUGUGGAUCAAUGUUGAUUGACCCUAAUUACCUUUGCCAAGCUAGAUCGAGCAAGCCCAAAAUUUGGUUGAUCUGGACUGCCCGUAAUCGAGUUAGAUUGAGCUGGUAGAUCGGCAGUGGGACCAUAACCUAAAAGGAAAGUCCUCCCUAAUUUUAAAUAAGGUUUUAGAAAAAAAAGCAGAUAUGGUGAGUACAAGUGAGCAAUAUUUUGAGCAGGAACUCUGAUUGAAUUUGUUGAAAUUAAUUCAGGCUAUGUUUAUUCAAAGUGUGAUAAAGCAAGCCCAAAUUGUUCUGUUCUGUGAUAUAUUGAGUGGGCUUCUUUUCCAUUUUCAUAAAAUCUAGUUUUUCUUCCUGGUUGAUGAAGGAAUACGUACUUCCAUUCAAGAAUUAAAGGGAUGGUCCGGGCUGAAAAUAUUUAUAUCUUAAUACAUAGAGUAGAAUUCACUGAGCAAGAUGCCGAAAAUUUCAUCAAAAUCGGAUAACAAAUAAUAAAGUUAUUGAAGUUUAAAGUUAAGCAAUAUUUUGUGAAAACAGUCAUGAAUAUUCAUUAGGUGGGCUGAUGAUGUCACAUCCCAACUUUCCAUUUUCUUAUGUUAUUACAUAUAAUCAUAAUUUUUUCAUUAUUUCAUACUUGUGUUAAUAAUAUGUCUCCCUUAUAAUGAAAUAAGUUGCAGCUAUAAAUAUCUAAUGCAC